AUGCCACGGGAAGCUGGCGACAUAAAGCCAAAAGCUGCAAAAACGAUAGUGACAGCUGCCAUCCCAGUUCUCGGAACACGUCACCAACCACAAGCUUCCAACCCGAAAGCUCUUCGUUCAUCUGGGCUUGAGCCUCCUUGUCCAGUUCCUCGUACCUUAUCCCUUCUUACAGUUCUUAAAAAAAUAACGAAAACUAUGCCUGCCAGGAAGAAAAUCACCAUCAAUGAGUUGAGGAUUGAAAACCAGUGGACUCGAGCCCCUUCCAUCUUCAGCGUCCCACCUGGACGGCCAGCGGAUAUCGCUCUUCACAAACUCAACCUCAUACGUGAACGAGACUCUCUCCUGCUCCCUUAUGAUCUGAGACUUGUCAAUGUCUAG